UACCUUUGUAUAACCAACAUGGCUUCUGAGAUCAGUUACGAAAUGCACAACCACAUCAAGCUUGGUCCUGCCCCCAAGAUCUGUGACACUAUCUUGGAUAACAUUGGCCGUACUCCCCUUGUCCGUAUCAACAAGAUUGCCAAGGAUGAAGGCCUCAAGUGUGAAUUGCUUGCCAAGUGCGAGUACUUCAAUGCUGGUGGUUCUGUCAAGGAUCGUAUUGCUAAGCGUAUGAUUGAAGAGGCUGAGAAGUCUGGCUGGAUUACUCCUGGUGUAAGCACAAUUAUCGAGCCCACUUCUGGUAACACUGGUAUCGGACUUGCUCUUGCUGCUGCUGUCAAGGGUUACCGUGUUAUCAUUACUUUGCCCGAGAAGAUGUCUCAGGAAAAGGUUGACGUGCUCAAGGCCCUGGGUGCCGAAAUUAUUCGUACUCCCACUGAAGCUGCUUGGGAUGCUCCCGAAUCUCACAUUGGCGUUGCCAAAAAGUUGAGAGAUGAGAUUCCUCAUGCUGUCAUUCUUGAUCAGUAUAACAACCCUUACAAUCCUGUUGCUCACUACGAUACCACUGCAGAGGAGAUUCUUGAUUCUUGCGACGGUAAGAUUGAUAUGCUUGUCGCUGGUGCAGGUACUGGUGGAACUAUCACUGGUAUUGCAAAGAAGCUCAAGGAGAGAUGCCCCAACAUCAAGAUUGUUGGUGUUGAUCCCAUUGGCUCUAUCCUGGCCCUCCCCGAGUCUCUCAAUGUCGAGGGUGGUUCUUACCAAGUUGAAGGUAUCGGAUAUGAUUUCAUCCCUGAUGUCCUGAAGCGUCCCUUGGUUGAUGAGUGGGUCAAGUCUGAAGAUAAGCCCUCGUUCUUGAUGUCCAGACGCCUUAUCCGUGAUGAAGGUAUCCUUUGUGGCGGCUCUUCUGGUACUGCUAUGUAUGCUGCCGUCCAAGCCGCCAAGCAGCUCAAGGAAGGACAGCGUUGUGUUGUCAUCUUACCCGACUCAGUUCGUAACUAUAUGACCAAGUUCUUGAACGAUGACUGGAUGAGAGAGCGUGGCUUCACUGAUGAGAAAUUUGAGUCUCAAAGCUUCGAAAAGAAGGCAGAGGAAGAAUACGAUGGUGCCAAGGUCAGCAGCCUUAACUUGAGUGAGGCUGUGACUGUCGAUGGCCAGACCACUUGCGAGGAAGCCAUUGAAAUUAUGCACAAGAAUGCCUUUGAUCAGCUGCCUGUUGCUGCCGGUCCUCAUCGUCGCCUCCAGGGUCUUGUUACCAUGGGCAACAUUCUCUCUCGUAUGGCCUCUGGUCGCGCUAAGCCCUCUACUCCUGUUUCAGAGGUCAUGUUCCGGUUCAACCUCGGUACCAGCAAGUUCGACGAAAUCACCGUCGAUACCCCCCUGGAUAAACUGACCCGCUUCUUCGAGAAGAACUCCAGCGCUAUUGUUACUGAGAAGUCUGCCAAUGGAUCUAGAGUCAAGCACGUUGUUACCAAGGUGGAUCUUUUGACCUACCUUGUUAAACACGCCAAGAAAUAGUUUCUUUUUUUUUCUUUAUUGUAUAGACAAUAUUAUCGGAAAUAAAGCUUAGUUGCAGUUACCAUUCAGAUAAAUUAAAUACAUUUACUCAGUUAUGCUUUACUGUGCUAUACUG